ACUGAGGGUGGAGCAAUGCUAAGUGCAAUCUGGGAGACAGAGGGGCUGCAGACGGUGGGCAUUGUGGUGCUGGUGUUUGCUUCGAUCAAGCUGCUGCACCUUCUGGGGCUCAUCAGCUUCUCAGAGGACAGUGUUGAAGAUGAGCUUGAGCUAUCUGCAGUCCGCCAUCGCCCCGAGGGCCUGGAACAGCUAGAAGCCCAGACACGUUUCUCCCGAAAGGAGCUACAGAUCCUCUAUCGUGGCUUCAAGAAUGAAUGCCCCAGUGGAGUCGUCAACGAAGAAACUUUUAAAGACAUCUACUCACAGUUCUUCCCACAAGGAGAUGCUUCAACAUAUGCACAUUUCCUGUUCAAUGCAUUUGACACAGAUCACAACGGCUCUGUGAGUUUUGAGGAUUUUGUUAUGGGCCUUUCGAUCCUUUUGCGAGGCACUGUCCAGGAAAAACUCAACUGGGCUUUCAACCUUUAUGAUAUCAACAAAGACGGAUAUAUCACUAAAGAGGAAAUGCUGGACAUCAUGAAGGCCAUCUACGACAUGAUGGGAAAAUGCACAUACCCCGUCCUCAAAGAGGAGACGCCUCGUCAGCAUGUAGAAGUAUUCUUUCAGAAGAUGGAUAAGAAUAAAGACGGAGUGGUAACCAUAGACGAGUUCAUUGACUGCUGCCAAAAUGAUGAAAACAUCAUGCGAUCAAUGCACCUCUUCGAAAAUGUUCUUUAA